AUGGCCACGGAUAAUACAGAGAACGUCCUUCCGCCGCCUGUAGUUCCAAACGGCAGAUGGUUACCAUGUACCAGAGAAAACAAUACAAACUGUGUGAUGGAGUGUAAUACUGGGUUUACAAGUGAAGGUAGUACCUCCAUAACAUGUCAAGCUGAUGGCAAUUGGACAUCUCCCGGAAGAUGCAAUGCUACUGUCAGUGAAGCUCUAAAAUGUGAACAGCCGCCUGUAGUUCCAAACGGCAGAUGGUUACCAUGUACCAGAGAACACAAUACGCGCUGUGAGAUGGAGUGUAAUACUGGGUUUACAAGUGAAGGUAGUACCUCCAUAACAUGUCAAGCUGAUGGCAAUUGGACAUCUCCCGGAAGAUGCAAUGCUAAUGUCAGUGAAGCUCUAAAAUGUGAACAGCCGCCUGCAGUUCCAAACGGCAGAUGGUUACCAUGUACCAGAGAAAACAAUACGCGCUGUGAGAUGGAUUGUAAUACUGGGUUUGCAAGUGAAGGUAGUACUUCCAUAACAUGUCAAGCUGAUGGCAAUUGGACAUAUCCCGGAAUAUGCAAUGCUACUCAGUGUAUAACGAAACUGGAAGUACAGAACGGUAGAUGGAUGUCAUGUACGUAUACCGAAACAGACACCGAGACGUGUUUUCUCGUGUGUGAUAAAGGCUUUAGACGCGAAAGUACUAGAACCACGAGAUGUCAAGAUGACCGCGACUGGACAACAGCUGGAAUAUGCACAAAUAAAACUGAUGAGGCAGGAUGUUUUGUGGAUCAGUUUGGUCCGAAAUGUAAUUACAGAGAUUUGUCAUUUCAAGCGAGCAAGAUACAUCCACCCACGUCGCUUAGUAGCGAGACAUGUACUUCCACCAAUUAUAUCCUUGUAGAGUUUUCAACAGAAAUAUCUUUUUUUUCAAUAACGAUUUUAUUAGAUUCAAAUGAAAAUUCAACACUUCAGAUGGAAGACUUUAAAGUUGAGCUUCACAACUUUGAAGAUGAGGUGGAAUUUACUAAAGUAGUUAAUUAUUUCGCAACUGUUUAUGUAAUCAACAUACCAGAUAGUGGAAACGUUGCUGAUGUUGUUUUAAAUUCAAACAGCGAGCUACAUUUAUCAGAAAUUCAGGCAUUCGGAGAUUGUACAAAGAGGAGGUACGGUAUAAACUGUGAAGACAUUUGUAGCAUAACCUGUGCUGAUCAGGAUUGUCAAUUUAAUGGAGUUUGCAAAAAAUGUGUACAGAAGAGAACAGGAGAUUACUGCAUGGACUGUAAGUACGGUAUAAUGAAACUUCGUGCUUAUUAUUUGUAG